AUGUCCUCCGUGUCACCAAUGGCAUCAGUCAAACUGCAAGAAAAGAGUGCAAAUGAUCUCAAUGCUACAUCCAUAUCCAGUACAGGUUCAAAUGAACCCAAACGAAAUGUAUGGACCAAUUUCAAAGACUCAUUCAAACCACCAGAGUCAACUAAACUGAGUCGGCCUCCUCCUCAACAACAGACAUCCAAUUUCAAUUCAUCAGAUGAUGUAGAUUCCACCAACAAGAUUCCCGAAAACAACAACGGCAGCAGCGAUGACAUUGAGCAAGGAAGCAUUCAUGCUCCUCUCAAACAAACCCUUAAAAAGAGACAAUUACAAAUGAUUGCUCUUGGUGGAUGUGUCGGGUCGGGGUUGUUAGUGGCGUCUCGUUUAGCCAUGCAGAAUGGUCCUGCCAGUUUAAUCGUUGCUUGGAGUAUCGUGUCAACCUUUUUAUACUGUACUAUGCAAUCAUUGGCGGAAUUGUCGAGUAGUUAUCCAGUCACUGGGUCAUUUGCUACUUAUUCAGUCAAAUUCGUUGAUCCAAGUUGGGGUUUUGCCAUGGGUUGGAACUAUGCCAUGUUUUGGGUUAUUGUGCUACCUUUGGAAUUGGUGGCAUCAGCAUUGACGAUAAACUUUUGGAAUUCCGAUAUCAAUAGUGAUGCAUGGGUGGCAAUCUUCUAUGUGUUGAUUUUCGUCCUCAAUAUGUGUGGUAACAAGGGAUUUGGUGAAACCGAAUUUGUUGCAUCAAUAAUCAAACUAUUGGGAAUUGUUGGAUUCAAUAUCUUGGCCAUUGUGUUGAUAUGUGGCGGUGGCGAUCAGGGUUUUAUCGGGGGCAAGAACUGGCACCCUCCUUUCACUACUGGUUUCAAAGGGGUUGUGUCGGUUUUAUUAACGGCAACCUAUUCAUUAGCUGGAACCGAGUUGGUUGGACUUACAUCAAGUGAAUCAGCAGGCGAUUCGAGAAAAAUUUUACCUAAAGCUAUUAAGCAAGUUGUUUGGAGAAUUCUUAUAUUUUACAUGACUACCUUGACUUUGCUUGGGUGCUUGGUUAGUCCAAACAAUCCUGAUUUGACUAGUGCUGACGGAAAUGCAGCUUCACCAUUUGUCAUUGCUAUUAAACAAGGAGGAAUCAAGGGUUUACCUUCGGUUUUCAAUGUCAUUAUUUUAGUGGCUCUCUUGGCCAUUGCUAAUUCCGCCGUUUAUGGAUUUUCAAGAACAGUAUUGGCAUUAGCUGAACAAGGCUUGGCACCUAAAAUAUACACAUAUGUUGAUAGAAAGGGAAGACCGUUGGCUGGAAUUGCCACAUCAGCAACCGUUGGAUUAUUAUCAUUUAUAUCUGCAUCGAAAAGCCAAGCUGAUGUAUUUGAUUGGUUGGUUGCUUUGUCAGGAUUAUCUACCUUAUUCACUUGGGGAAGUAUCAAUGGAGCUUUCAUUAGAUAUCGUAUGGCAAUGAAAGAACACGGUAGAUCAACUGAAGAUCUCGCCUACAAGUCAAACACCGGGUUGCUAGGUGCUUAUUAUGGAUUAAUUGCCAAUGUCGCCAUCUUGGGACUCCAGUUCUGGCUUGCAUUGUUUCCGGUUGGAAAAUCACCAGAAGCAGUUACAUUUUUCAAAACUUAUCUUGGUGGAGUGAUUGUGCUUGUCUUUUAUGUUGGCCAUAAACUUUGGACGAGGAAUUGGAGACUUUAUAUCAAGGCCAGAGACAUUGAUCUUGAUAAUGGCAAAUCGGCAGUCGACAUUGAUUUGAUUAAGCAGGAAAUCCAAGAAGAAAAAGAAGCUUUAAGGGCAAAACCAUUGUACUAUAGAAUUUAUGAUUUCUGGUGUUGA